AUGGAAAGUGACACAGACUGCGGUGGUGAAUUUUGUCCACCUUGUCCAGAUACAUGGGAAUCUCCUACUUGUAGUGAUAAGGUUUGGAAUGGAAAUGAAACUGACAAAGAUUGUGGUGGUGGAUCGUGUCCAAAAUGUGCGGUUAAUAUGACCUGUCAAGUGAAGAACGACUGCAUCAGUGAUGUUUGCACAUCGUUUAUUUGUCGAGCUCCUAGUUGUACUGAUCAGGUGAUGAAUGGAAAUGAGACUGACAAAGAUUGUGGUGGUGGAGUGUGUGUACCAUGUGCAGAUGGUUUGCACUGUAAAGUAGCUUCGGAUUGUAUGAGUGGUGUUUGCACAAAUGGAACUUGUCAAGUUCCUACUUGUAAUGAUACGGUGAAGAAUGGAAAUGAAACUGACAAAGACUGUGGUGGUGGAACAUGUCCAAAAUGUGACAAUGCGUUGUCAUGUCGUGGUGAUACGGAUUGUGUCAGUAAUCAAUGUAGACAAAACGUUUGCCAAUUAUGUUCCUUGACCAGUUUCACAAACGGCGACUUCGAAACGGGUACUUCUAGUGGUUGGACAAUCGGUGGUGGGUCGCGAGCUGGUAUUGAUUCAUCAUUAAUAAACCCAUCAGACUAUUUGCUAGGUGGUUCACGUUAUGUUGCAAACAUUGCAACCUCACAUUCAAGUAUUGUUACUAAUGGAACUGAUCCAAAUAUUAAAACGUUGAUGCCAAAUAUCGUACAUCGUGAACAACGUCCUUGGUCUGAAUGGGGUCGUAUUAAUGUAUCUUGUGGACAACAUACAGGACAUGACAUUGAACAAGUACAAUAA